UUUUCCCCUUUGAUUUUCCCAAAAUUUAAUGAUUUUAUUGAGAAUUUGAAUGUUUUCUAUUAAAAAAAAAUAUAUUUUGUGUUUUGUGUGCUAUAUGUGGUUGUACUAGCAGGAAAGGCAUUGACUCGGAUAACAGAAAUAAAACAUUCACGGGUAGUAUCGGUAGCGGUGUCUUGGUAACGGUAGUAUAAACAAUGUACAGGCCCGUAACGCAGCUACUACAAAAUUAUCGAUAGAAAAUUAAAAUUCCGUUAUGUUUGCUUUUAGGCUUUUAUUAUUAGAUUAUUUUUGUACAUAAACCGGUUCUGUUGAAGUAGUACACUUUGCCUCGCCCCCACUGUAGUUGCGUCUCCCUUCUCUUAUUCCUCCAUGCUAUUUUUACAGAUUUAAAGGUUAUAAUAGCCAACAAAAAUUGUUUAGGAUUAUUAUAGUUUUCUGGGCUAAAAAUAAUUGAUAUUUUAGCUAAAAGUGUUAAUAAUAAUCAGCUAACCUUUUUUAUGAGUUUCCUUAAUUAGUAGAUAUCCUGACACACAGAAAUUAAUUAAUAUUCUGGUGUAUAUUGUAAAUAUCUAGAUAAUAUAUUGAAUAAUAUGUUCCAGUAAAUAGUUUGAUCUUAUAUAAAUAAUUCCUAAGGUAUUCUCUUAAUGAAAGUGCUUUAAGAUACUUAGAAUUACCAUUCUUAACUUCUUGCAAAGUUAUUGUGGUUUGAACCUGAUAAAAAUAAAAGAUAUUAUGGAAAAUAAAAUUCUAGACGAAGAUAACUCAGAUUUUUUUAUUAAUUUUCCACCAGAAGUACAAAAAGCUAUAGAUGAGGUACUGCCCAAUAAAGAUUCUUUAGAUGAACCAGAUUUCAAUAGUAUUGACUACAUAAAUUCCCUGUUUCCCACUGAACAGUCCCUUUCAAACAUUGAUGAAAUGGUUAUAAAAAUGGAGAAUCAGAUUCAUACAAUAGAUAAUGAUAUUUCAACAGUGAUCCAAAGCCAGAUUGAGGCUAGCGUAGAUGGAAGGGAAGCGCUAGGUGAGUCUCAAAAGAUUAUUAAACAAUUAUUCUUACACAUAAAGGACAUCAAGGAACGGGCAGAAAAGUCUGAGGAGAUGGUUAGAGAAAUCACCAGAGACAUUAAGCAAUUAGAUUGUGCUAAAAGAAAUUUAACUCUGGCAAUAACAACACUGAAUCAUCUUCAUAUGUUAGUGGGUGGUGUUGAUACAUUAAAGUCUUUAACUGAAAAGCAUUUGUAUGGAGAAAUAGCUCUUCCUCUCCAAGCAAUUAGCGAAGUUAUGACUCAUUUUGAACAUUAUUCGGACAUACCUCAAAUAAAAAAAUUAAGCGAUCAAGUGAAAAGUAUUCACACAGAGUUAGCUGAUCAAAUUACACAUGAUUUUAAGGACGCUUUUCAAGGUGCAAAUAGUAAAAAUACAAUACCAAGCAAACAGUUACAACAGGCUUGUUUAGUGGUAUCUAUAUUAAACCCCAAAGUAAAGAAGGACCUUCUAAAAUGGUUUAUAACUUUGGAACUGCAGGAAUACAGUCACUUGUUUCAAGAGACUGAAGAUACAGCUUGGCUAGAUAAAAUAGAUAAAAGAUACGCAUGGGUUAAAAGGCAUUUGCUGGAGUUUGAAGAAAAGCUAGGUCGUAUGUUCCCUGAAAACUGGGAAGUCUCUGAGAGAAUUGCUGUUCAGUUUUGUCACCACACAAGAGAAGAGUUAUCAAAAAUAAUGGCUAAGAGAAAAAACGAAAUUGAUGUGAAGCUACUAUUGUAUGCCAUUCAAAAGACUAGUGCUUUUGAGAAUUUGUUGUUCAAGAGAUUUACAGGGGCUACAGUCAAUGAGGGGCUUAAUACAAAUCAUCUGGAUGAGCAUAAGAAGAAAACAGAAAAACAUAAUAAUGGGGCAGUAAAUAACGAAUUGUUGGAUUUUGCUGAUUCUCCCUUUAACGGAUUAAUAGGUCGUUGUUUUAUUCCCUAUCUGGACAUUUAUAUUGAAAGCUUGGAUAGGAAUCUGUCCGACCUUAUAGACAGGUUUGUACAGGACGAAAAACAACACAAACCGAUUGAAAAUGCCGAAACUCAAGCAGCAAUCUUACCCUCCUGUCCAGAUCUGUUUGUUUUCUAUAAAAAGAGCAUGAUUCAAUGCACUCAGUUAGAUAGAGGUCAAUCGAUGCUUAGUUUAACAAGAACCUUCCAAAAAUACCUACAAGAAUACUCGGAAAAACUGCUUUAUAACAACUUGCCAAAAAUUGAAUGCCAGUCGUUGGGUAGUUCAGUUCAGAAUUUUACAAAAGAUCUUCAAAAGAUUUCUACCUCGGGAUUAAUACAGAAUUUUUCUUCUUUGUUAAAGGAAGGGGAAAUGAUGAGAUUUGCCAAAGACGAACAGACUAAAAUUUGCUGUAUUUUAACCACUGCCGAGUAUUGUCUGGAGACCACUCAACAGUUACAAGAUAAAUUAAAAGAGAAAAUUGAUGCCACGUUGGCAGACCAAAUAGAUCUGUCAAAAGAACAAGAUCUGUUUCAUAAGGUUAUUUCUAAUUGUAUUCAGUUGUUAGUACAAGAUCUGGAAAAUGCUUGCGAACCAUCUUUAACAGCCAUGUCUAAGAUUCCAUGGCAAAAUAUUGACGCUGUUGGAGACCAGAGUCCCUACAUUACAUCUAUAACAAUGCAUCUAAAAACAACGAUUCCAAUAAUUCGUGAUAGUUUAGCUCAUUCCAGGAAAUAUUUUACACAGUUUUGCAUCAAAUUUGCCAAUAGUUUUAUCCCAAAGUUUAUACAGAACAUUUAUAAGUGUAAACCAAUAAACACAGAAGGUGCAGAACAGUUAUUACUAGACACUCAUAUGCUUAAAACGGUUUUGUUAAAUUUGCCUUCAAUAUCGUCUCAAAUAAAUAGGACAGCGCCGGCAGCCUACUCAAAAGUUGUCACAAAAGGUAUGACAAAAGCAGAAAUGAUCCUUAAAAUCGUUAUGACCCCGAUAGAACCACAGAAGAAUUUUGUGGAGCAAUGUAAAAAGCUUUUUCCUGAAUGUCAGUUGACAGAAUUCCACAAAAUGUUGGAUAUGAAGAAUAUAAAACGUCAGGAACAAGCUAUAUUAAUAGAUUUAUUUAAAUCGUAUAAAUAAAAUGAAAAUUUCAUAUAUAACUAAUUAGGAUACUUUAAAUCAUUCUAAUCUUUUUUUUGUGAUUAAUUUUUGUUAUAUAUAUUUUAAAGUAAAAUAUUUUUAUUGUAUUAUUAAAUGUUUAUAACUAUUUAAGUUACUAUUUAUUUUAUUUUGUAAAUAUAAUCUGAAUAAAAACAGUACUAUUAUAUUG